AGCUAGCUGCUGGUUGCCCUGACUGCGCAUGCGCAGUAUGGGGCGAAAUGUCACGCCUACUAACAGUACUGCACGGGGAAUUCCCGAUGAGCUAAGGCGACUUGAGACCUGGCGUUUUGAUCCAAGUUUGGCGACCUAGCGGUGGAGAAAUGACUGUCCCGAACCACCUACUUGGUGUGGACCUCCUGAAGCUCAUCCUCAGAGCCAAGGACCCGUUCCUGCCGAGGUUCUAUUGCCACUCGUGCAAGCAGAAGUUCAGUCUCCCCAUGAACUCUACUUCCCCCCGCCCCACCCACUGUACCAUGUGUUCCUCUGACUUCAUAGAGUGGGUCCUGGCUGAGGAUCCCCACCAGCGAGCAGCCCGGCUGCGUGACUCUGCUCUCCUCUCCCGCUUGCGGUCUAGGAGGAGGUCUUCCCCGGCCCCCUCUCUUUCUCCUUCUCCUUCUCCUUCUCCCUCCCCUCCUCCACCUGCACCUGCCCCCACCUCCAAACCAGAGGAGCCACCGGUUGCAGAGCAGAAGAAAGAGGAGGAGCCAAUGGAGACCGAGUCAGCUGCCGCCACUGAGUCCACCAAGCCAAUGGAGGAGAAGAGUGAAGCCACCAGUGGAGAGGAUGUCAAGCCACCUCCUGAACCUAUGGAACAAGAGACUGAGAAGAAGGAGCCGCCUCAACCUCCAGAGGAGGAGGAGCCUGAGGAGGAGCCUGAGGAGGAGCCUGAGGAACAGCGGCCCUCUGGAGGUCGUCUGAGUGCCCAGCCCAUGGUGGUGGUGUCGGCAGGUGGAGAUCCUGAGCACCCCACUCUCACCAUGAACCUCUUCCCCUCCCUGGACGAGGCCGGUCCACGCAACGAGGGACGAAGGGGACCGAUACGGACCACCAUGGUCCAGCAAAAGACCUCGCGUAACUUCACCUAUCUUGCCCAGGAGUACAUGGCCAAGAUAAUAGAGGGAGGCAGAGGUCGUGCAGGCCAAACUCGCAGAGGACAGCAACUUCUUGUUGGACUGACUGGAGGGGCCCAGACAGAGAGCAGUGACCCAGCCGACUUUGUGUGGGGAGCCAGAGGACUGGACUCCAUCAUCUCCGGCCUCCUGGAGAGCAUGUCUGACCGCGGACCUCCCCCGGCCAAGAAGGACAAGGUGGACGCCAUUCCUGUGGUGGACGCCACGCAGGAGACUGUAAACGAAAAUGUGGAUGGCUGCACGGUGUGUAAAGAUGCAUUCAAGGUUGGGGACAAGCUUAGGAGACUGCCAUGCAAACAUCUCUUCCACGAGAACUGCAUCAUACCAUGGCUCAAGCUGCAUGAUACAUGUCCCACGUGUCGCUACCAUGUCAACACAGAGAAAGAUAAGACAACUGAUGAUGAGGAGGAAGCUUAGUCUCGCUAUAGUAUAGUUAGCCCCCCUGCUAUAUAGUUAUCUGGCAGUUGACUAAAUGAACACACUUUGGUUUUUGCUGUAAUUUUGCUGGACUCCUAUAAUAAUAUCACUAAGUACGGUAUAUAGUACUUAGUAUAUAGGGAUGGGCAUGGUACCUAGUAUCAUAGAUGUAUGGGGCUUGAUACGGAGUUUUGUUCAUCACCAUCUUCUUCAACCAUCAUAAUUCAAAACGAAAGAGAUAAAGCCAUGAAAUUUUGUAGGAAUAAUACAUAUAUAUCGAUAACCACAUGUGCAACAUCAUA